AUGGGUCGUCGCGAAUGCCUUCUCUUGCUCGUACUUUCAGCAACGCUCUUCGGUUUCGGCGCCUCUUGCUCCAAUGGAGAAUGCAGGCUUCUUGAUGAAUGCUCAAGCAAUAGCGACUGCGAGGCCGGUCUCUAUUGUUUCUCCUGCCUUGGAGACGUUUCAGAUUCCAGAUGUGUAAGAUCAACCGUUACUGACCAGUUCAAGCUCUUGAACAAUUCUCUUCCUUUCAACAAAUAUGCGUUCUUGACGACCCACAAUGCGCAUGCUAUUGAUGGAGAGCCACCUCGCACGCCUGUACCAAGAGUGACAAUUACAAAUCAAGAGGAUACCGUCACUCAGCAGCUAAACAAUGGAGUUCGAGCGCUGAUGCUAGAUACAUAUGAUUUUGAAGGAGAUGUAUGGUUGUGCCAUUCUUUUAAAGAUCAAUGUUAUGACUUCACCGCAUUUGAACCGGCUAUAGACACUUUAAAGGAAAUCGAAGCUUUUCUAUCUGCAAACCAGGCAGAGAUAGUCACUUUGAUACUCGAGGACUAUGUUCGGGCACCAAAUGGAUUGACAAAGGUCUUUACUGAUGCUGGCUUGAUGAAAUACUGGUUUCCGGUGUCAAACAUGCCAAAGAACGGUCAAGAUUGGCCACUAGUUAGUGACAUGGUGGCUAAUAACCAGCGGCUGCUCGUAUUUACCUCCAUCCGGUCGAAGGAACAGAGUGAAGGGAUCGCUUAUCAGUGGAAUUACAUGGUUGAGAAUCAAUAUGGCGAUGAUGGAAUGAAAGCAGGAAGCUGUCCAAACAGAGCUGAGUCGGUUCCUCUUGAUGACAGGAGCAAGUCCUUGGUUCUCGUGAAUUACUUCCGGUCUGUGCCCGUCACGCUACUCAGUUGCAAGGAGAACUCAGGCGACCUCAUUGACAUGCUUCAUACUUGUUAUGGCGCAGCCGGCAACAGAUGGGCUAAUUUUGUCGCUGUUGAUUUUUAUAAGAGGAGCGAGGGAGGAGGAUCAUUUCAAGCAGUAGACACUCUAAACGGGAAGCUGCUAUGUGGAUGUAACGAUGUGCACGCGUGCGUGCCGGGUUCGACUUCUGGGGCGUGCUCUCCAUAG